GUCAACGAUAUAUUUGGUAAUCGUAUCUCCAUAAAAUAAUAAAUGAAAUUAACAAACAUACAAAAAUUACCCCUCAAAAAUUAAAAGAUUAUCAAAUAUCAGAAAUUUCAAACAGAAAUACCAAUGGCGUUAAAAGGUGAUGAUAAUGAUAAUCAACAUCUGAGCAAUUUGGUUCAUCAAUUUUCGUUUGCCAAAACGGAGCAGCAUUUUAUAGAUCCUGAAUUGGAAGCGACUCUAACCCUAGCUAAGGAGUUAAGAAAACGGGUUCGUGGCGAGAAAAAAUGUUUGUUUCUAAAAAUACAAUCUUUAAAGGGCGAAUUAAAGGUUGAAAAUUUAAAAGUGUUGGAACUAAGCGACAAAUCAAAAUGGAAGAAUCAUCAGAUUUACAAACUUUACACACUUGAUGAAUACCAUACAAAACUUUUGAAGCAUUUUCCUGAAAGCAUUAAUGAAAACCUAGAAGAAGAAUCCGACCCGGAUAUAGAGUUGGCUGAAAUCGUGGAAAGAAUAGAGAAAUUGAGUUCGCAAUUGGGUCAUGGGAAGACUAAUUGGGCAACGGAGAAACAAUUGUUGAAAGAGCUUGAACCUCUUCAAAGAAGGAGGUCGAUUCUCGAGCCCGAAGUUAAACAAGCCGAAGCUAAAGUUCCAAAACCAAGACUUGUGAGAUAUCCUAACUAUGAGUAUUGGCAAAAGUGGCGCUAUGGUUCUAAGUACGAAUUGAAACGCAAUAUUCGUAAAUGUUUGAAGGAAAUCAGAGUAGAAUAUCCAGAUUUUUGGAAUGAAAAAAAACUGGCACAACGUAACCAAAGAGUCAGUCAAAUAGAGAAGGAACUUGAAUUUCUCGAAGAGAGAUUCGACAUUUUGGAGCGAAAGGAAGAAGAGGCUACUAAAUCAGUAAUGAAACUUCAAAUUCAAAGGAAAUAUGAGAUUGAUCUCAAACACAAAUAUUGCGAACUAAAACAGAAAGUCCAGGAGCUUGAAAUUGAGAAAGAUUGGGUAUUACUUGAAGAAUUGUCCUCUAAAAAUUAAAGAUUGAAGAGUUCAUGAAGAGAUCAAACUAUACGAGAAUUGAAGUACUUACCAAUUAUCGAGGCUUGAGCAGCGAUGAAUCAUGGAAGGAUGCAAGAAUCAAGAUCCCUUGGAAAUGAUAUUUGAUAUUUCGUACAUUAUAAUUUGAUGAGACCUUUCUUCAUAUCUUGUACAAGCAUGAUAUGUUAUCUUAUGACUAGUCUUUUAUGCACGCGAUGCGUGCGAGAUAAUAUCUGAACUUUAAAUUAUUUUAUUACAACUAAUCACCAAUAAUAAUAUAAGGCUCUAUGUACC